AUGGACGAAGGUCCGCAGCUUCGUCAACGAUUCACGAAAAAACAGUUUCCCUCCGACGACUUGACCACAACACCGGAGUCCAUGGAUGAGCGCAUUGUUCCAUCUCUGGCCUCGGGAUCGAUGGGAAAACAGCAACCGGUCGUAUUCGGGUCCUUCGUCCUCACAGCCUUUACUCGAUGGUUUGGACUGAACCGAUAUAGAGUCCAGAUGCCAUGGACGGCAUACGUUGCGCAACAUGGCGGGCAAAGCCCGGCCUUUGACGCGGCUGUGGUCAGCAUUAAUACGAUGUUUCUCUCCCAAAGACAUCAGAACCCUGCUCUCCAGCAGUCCAGUCAAGAAGUAUACAGCAAAGCGCUGCGAUUGUUCAGUGGCCGGAUUCGCGAUGCACACAUGAUGAAGUCAACCGAGAGCGUGAGCAUCACGAUCAUCCUGAGUCUAUUUGAAGCAUAUUCUAGAACCAACCCAGACUCGUGGGCGCACCAUGCAGCUGGAACUGCAUUACUGAUGGAGCAUCGCGGGCCCAAGGCGCACUUGGUCGGAUUUGACCGAUGCCUCUAUCUGUCCUUCCGUAGCUUCUUGGUGGCAGAGGCGUUUCUCCGAGGAAGACGAUGCCUCUUUGAACUCCCCGAGUGGCAGCAGCACAUUGACCAGAUCCGCAUCGAAGACAUGUCAUCACCCAAAGUCGACGGACCCAUCUCUCUUUUUAUUGACUUGCAAGAUCGGAUUUUCAAGGAAGUGGUCAAAGUACCGGGUUUACUUGUACGGGCGCGUGAACUGCGCACGGUCGACAAUCCCUCACAGGCCAGGAAAGCCUUGUCGACGCAAGCUUGCCGAAUCAGCCAUUCCAUCCACACAUUAUCUGCGCAUCUACGCACCGCUGCCGCCGUGCAAAGCUACGAAUGGUGCAGUGGCAGUGCCACCAACAGGAGGGAAAAGUCCUUCAUCGGCCCAAUACCGAACACAUUCCCUCAAGAAUUCGCAAACAGUGUUCUCCGCGGUGUGGAUCAAUGCCAAUUUAUUCUUCGCCUCUUGCUCGAUUACAUCAACCAAUUUGAGGGGGAUACACGAUCCCGGUCACCGGAGGAUCUGGAUGCUGAGCCGGUUGAUCCGCUUCCCUUUCGGUUUGUUUCGAGGCUAACCUCCUCUCAACCAGGGACGGCAGAGACAGAGGCAGACAAUAGCGGUCGGGAGUUGCCGUCUCCAGAUGAAUGGUUGGAUCUCGUGGCGGCAUCAAUGGGGCUGGAAGCAUUCGACAUCGCCACUACCGCGUGA